AUGUCAAGUUCAAGAGCGCCAAAAUGGGACUGGGCGUCUCAUAUACCCAAGAUGAUAGACCUUUACCAUCAACGAAUGUCAAUACCAGAUAUUCGUGAAGCUAUUGCAUGUGAAGGUUUUGAGCCAAGCCUAAGUUCCGUAUAUUCGAAAUUCAGAUCUAUGAACUAUCCCACAGAUCCUGUAGCGCGAACUAAACUCCUGGAUGAAACACUUCCAUGCCCUCGGGCUGCACAAGUCGGAUACCUGGCCCGUUUAAACGAACCAAGUCCUUACCAACCAUCAUAUUUUGAUAGGAGUGGAUUAUGCUCUGUACCUGAGGAUGGUUAUUUGGUGGAACAUGCAAAAUCAGAGUCCUGGCGCCCUAGUGGUGAGGUUCCGCCAGUUCCACAACCGGAAAUUGAACACUUCGACUUUAACGACGCGAUGGAUACAGCAGAUGACCCAUUGAAAAAUGUGAAUUUGACUGGUGAUGGGUCUAUCGACUCAUCUAAGCUACCUGCUUCCAUCUCUGGUAUAAGUGCUGAAGUAUUUCCACCCUCCUGGCCAACCUCCAAUUGCGAUGCAACCUCCCAAGGCUUGGGGAACUCCGCAGAUGAUGUUGAUCAGCCGUUACAGUUUCUUACUUCCGCCCUCGAGCCUGAUGGAGCUGCGUAUUUCGAUACCAACCACUCGCCUUCCAAAUCAGAAUUCGCCUUACAUGGAAUGGCAAAUCAAGUUAACUUUUCGCACUCUGGAGACUUCUUUCUUGGCUGGGAAGCCCAACCCGAUUCUCCAAAUCUUGAGCCACAGCUCCUGGCAAGGAUCCAAACGCCUAUAUAUUUAGACGAUGCAACAUCUUCUGGUCGUCAGGCGCACCACUCCUCUCUACGAAAGCGCACGUCAAGCGACCUCAAAUCCCCUGAAACACUACUCAAUGGCUCUAGCGCCCAUCGAUCAAGUAAUUCCAUGAAAAAGAUUAAAUCAUGGUUUGCCAAGCCUAGCGGUUCCUCUCGUUCUACAACAAGUCAUGCCGGUUCUCUAUUCACAGGGGACACUAGCGACUCUGGAUAUGCCACUGGCUAUACAUCGCUCUCGACCUUUGAAGAGGCCCCGUGGAUGAACUCUCAGUCGCUUGAGGAAUUCAACGGUUUAUAUCGCGUGGCUUGUUCAACUCUACACGAGCCGCCACAGCGCAAGGAACAUUGGAAGGACAUCCCAACAUGCCUAUACUGCCGGUACUCAAGCAUCCAUAAUCUCGGAUGGUCUGCUCGAUAUUUGAAACUUGAGGUUUUUUCGAGUGAACUCAAGCUAAGCGGCGUAUACGACCUUGGCGCCCUCGAUGCAGCAGGCAACACAGCCCUUCACUAUGCCGCCGCAGGCGGCGCCGGUUUCCAUCAUUUAAAAGCUCUAAUUGAUGCUGGAGUCGAUCCGAGUAUUGUCAAUACCAAUGGCGAAACCUUUAUCCACUGCUUGCGGCCAUUGCAUCCAUUUACGCUGGUUCCCAAUCCCGAUUGUUUUUCUAAUGGAGAUGACCUGAUCAGAUUGCUGGAACUUCUUCAACCGGUGUCAAAUUUCGACUGCCGUGAUAACCAUGGUCAAACCAUUUUGCACGCCCUCGCCUUGAAGAUAUCAGACUCAGAUCUCAAGGCGAAGGUUUUCAAGUUGUUUCGCGAUUCUGGAUACUUUCCGACAGUUCUGGAUAGGUUUGGCAAAUCAGCAAAUGAUGUGCUCCCACUCAUCUACGAUUGCCACGGUCAGGUGGUCGAUCCCAAUCCAAACAAAUACAUUCACGCGAUCGAGGAAACUGCAGAAGAGUCUGUUAUACUCGCUGAGUGCGGUUCAAGACAUCUCGAGCUAUUCAAAGCAAACAAAAUCAUCGAGCACGCAUACAAGGAACCCAAAUAUAUAGACCCAGAUACCGGUGAUACAGUUGUUCAUGCCCUCUCCAGACUUAACCCCAGUGAUGAUAUCAUUUCAUGGCUAGAGUAUUUUGUCUCGAGGGACGUGGACCUCAAUCUCCAUAACCGUCAGGGGAAAUAUCCAUUGAUAUCAUUCAUUGGCGAUAGGCCAUGGGAGGAGAGCGAAACCGGAGCGACGAUGUCCAAAUACCUCGAUGCAAUCAUCUGGAAGAAUCCCAAGGAGCGGAUUAAAAACAAUAUCAACGUUAAUAUGAGGGAUCGACAAGGUGCUACCGCCCUUCAUGGCGUUGCUAUUCGCGGCCGACCGGAUUCUACAAGAAGUCUCAUUGAGGCCGGCGCCAAUGUCAAUGCACGAGCUGAUAAUGGAUUGAGCGUCCUCCAAGCUGCCUUCGAUGCACUUGAUGGGGCGGUGUUGCGGAAUGAUGGUGUUCUAGCGCAUCUCCUGAAAGAGGUUAUUUCCCAUCUUCAGCAUGCUGGGGCUGUCAUCGAUCCGAUGUCGCUACAAGAACGCGGGAUCAAUAAGUUGUAA